AUGCAAUCGGUGCUGCGGGCCUGCGGGUGCUGCCGCCGCGCUUGUCGCUGCCUCCCGGGAAGGAAAUGCCGCCGCUGCCCCCCCGCCCGUUGUCGGCCGCGCUGGGGCCGCGCGGGUCAGUUCCUGCCCUGGGCAUGCCGCCGACCGCGCCCAGCUGGGGGUGUCUCUGCCCGGCCUGGCGCUUCUCACGGCUCAGGGGCCAAAAGGGACGGGCGGAACCUUCCUGGCCGUGGGCAGCGGGCGGGAGCCGCCGCGGCUGGAGCUGGAGGGGCCAGAGAAAGGGAAGGACGGAGAACAUCGAGGGCACAUGGGCAGCAGCCGCCUGGCCCUGCAGGAGGAGAGCGCCUGCCUCUCCGGGUGAGUGAGGGGCCCUCUGCACAGUCCGCAGCGGGCCGGACCCAGGUGCGGAACGGCCGCGUAGCGAGCGAGCGAGGCUGUGUGUGUCGGAAGCCACGUCUUGGAAGAGCCGAGAGACACCCGCGUAUUCUUUUGGGGGGAGGACUGGAGCUACGGAAGAAGAAGGAAGGAGAGAAGGAGAAAGAAGGGUCUGAAGUAAAUUUCCCUGGCAGCGCUGAGAGCAAGAGCUGUGGUUCUGUGUCUAGCAGGCCUCACCUCGUAAGAGCUGCGAGACGCCUAUAUAUUCUCAUAAGUGGAGGACAGCCAGGCACCUGGAGCUGUAGAAGAGGAAUGGAGACGGCAAACAGAAGGAAGAGUCUGACCUGUCAAAUUCUCCUGGCAGUGCGGAGAACUGCAUCACUGUUCUUUAAUUCCUCCCUCUUUGUAGCUUGCUGCUAUUUUUUUUUCCCCUGUUCUCCAUCAUGCUCUGUCUGGUGCCUUGUCCCUGUUUAUCAAUUCUUCCCUCUGCCCUGUGGUCUGUCUCUUUUCACCAUUUAAUUUUUGCCUCUCUGUCUGGCUCCAUGUGCCGGGUUUGUGAAUUCCUUCCUCUGUGCCCCACACCCCCUGUGAUCUUUUCUGUUUUGUGGCCUGUUUCUGGCUGGCGCUCUGUGACUAUUCAGUAAUUCCUCUCUUGAUGCCUUGUAGUCUGUUGCUUUUGUGUUUUCUCCAUCUCUCUGUCUCUGUUUCCCCUCUUUUAGAAUACCCCCCUCUUCUUUCUGUAUGCAUCAGGAUUAGUUUUUGGCUCCAGGUCUCUUUUUUUUCCUGUGUCUCUGUCCCUGUUUCCUCAUUCUUCCUUCUCUGUCC